AGCACUGGGUUCGAUAUGACAGUAUCAACGUGCUACGAUUAUUCUUGGCGUGCAUCUGAUUCUUCCAAUUUAUAAGAAAAAACAACACCACUCAAAUUCAGUUUAACAGAAUUACAUGGAAACACCACUCCAAAAAUGUUCCAGCGUUUGCUUUCUGUUCAACAGGUCGGUGAUUCGACUUCAAACAAGGCAGAAAUUUCUCAACACCUUCUCAAACAACAACAACAACAACGCAAGUAUUUUACUCGGGACUUUUUUUGGCAUUUUCAUUAGUAUUUUAAUUUCCUCUUUAAGUACUCUCCCGCUAUUGGAAACCUCAUCACCACACUCAUUUGCAUGAUGUGGAGAAUAAGCAAAUAGGUGCAGCUCGCUGCCAGUACGCCGCCACCUCAAACAUCUGCAUUAAUCACGUUAAAAGUUACAGCUAAAACCACCAUCACAGACAGAAAGCAGAAAGAAAGGAAGAUAAAGGACUCUGCGUGUCUUGCUCUCGAGCUGCACUUUGCAUACGUCCCGUCAGGUUUCCUUAUAAAUUACCGCAUUUUAAUGAAGAUAAUUUUGGAAAAGCGGGGGAAGCCGCUUGAGCAGCAGGUUGAGGAAACAAGCCUGAUGCCCAGAGCCACCUGAAGUGAAAAUGCUUACUAUUUCAUAGAAUCACGGGGCCGCGGGGCUGGGAAGGGCCCUCUGGGGAUCACGCAGCCCAACCCCCUGCUGGAGCUGCAUCCCUACGGGUUCCUGUGAAAUAGGACUCUUACAUCUGUUAUCCAAACAGCGAGCAAAACGCAAGCAGGCAACACGGGAGCGUACUUAAAGCAGAUGUUUUCCGUUCCAUCGGUUCGGUGACAGCAGGGUGCCGCCGGUGACCCCGAAAUGGAGAUUGGGAAUACAAUUCUCGGUGCCCCAGUACUCAAAAACAGCGUCCCAGCAACGGAAACGCGUUGCAACUACAACCGCACGUACCGCAGCUUUAAAAACCACGAAAAGGGCAGUUUUAAGGGAAGCUUUACCCUUAUGGGCACUACAACCCCCGCUCUGGCAGAGGACAGUUUGGAAACCUCCUUCGCCGCCCGGCGCGGGAGGACGGGAUGCUCAACGCUCGGCCGGAGCCAACCCGCAGCAGGGCGCCGCGCCAGCAGGCCCCGCACGGCGCGUCCGAUCCGACCCCCGCCGAGGGCGCGGGGACGACCCCCCACCCGCCGGGCUCCGCUCCGUUCCCCGCGGCCGCCCCCCGCCCGCCCGGCUCCCGGCGGGUGCCGCCGCGGUACCGGCGGGGAGGCGGCGGCCGCCACGUGGGAGCGGCGCGGCCCCGCCCCGAGGCGGAGGCUGCGGCGAGGCCGCCCCGCACACCCCGCACGCGGCGGCCGCGGCCGCUUCCGCGGUCAGACCCGCGAGCCCGGGCUGCGGCGGCGGUUGGCGCUUCCGGUCCGAACCCUGCCCGGGCGGAUCUAUGUGGCCGCGACGCGUGGAACGUCAGUUCGGCGAAUCCUGCGCUUUCCGCUCCGAGCUCGCGGGAAAGCCCCGACGACGAAACCGUACAUAACCGUGAGGAGGACGGCCCCGUCGGGCGGGCUCCGGCCGGCUGCGGCGCGCUGCGCGGCGACCCAAAGCGGCGGCGCUCCGUCGCGGCGGGCAUCGCGCGGCGGCCGCUCCCCGCGCGCAGAUCCCGCGCACGGCGCUGCGCCCUCAUUGUUUCACUUCUCCCACGGCCGAAGGAGCCGAGCGCCGCGUUGCUGCGUUACGCGCGUGUGAAGCGGUUGGGAAAUGACUUUCCAGGAACAAAACCUCUCUCCGAUAAACCCGCUGCCCCACGAGCGCUUCAGCCCUCCCCCGGGUGCUCCCGGUUGCCUUUAGGACUGAGUGAAUCUGGACGAAGUUUGUGGUCCGAGGCGCUGGCAUUAGGAGCGGCUCCCUGACAUCUCUGUCUUCCGUUUGUGGGGCCCCUCUGAGUUUGGGCUGUGGGGUUUGGGACAUCCUCACGGUGCCACGGUGGCCGCGUAAUGCUCGCAAGGCAAUGCUUUGCUGACUUAACGUCGGCUGUGCUUUUAGUUGUUCCGAAGGGACGGCUGUUACAGCAGCCCUUCCCAGCAGAGCUGCCAGCUUCCAGACCGCUCCGAUGGACCCCUUAACGAGGAUACGAUUUAUUAACGAGACAAGAAUCUACAGCCAGCAACUCAUCGACCCUUCAGCGAUAAGGGCGCUUCCCGGUAACUUUCCUGGGCCUGUUAGCGCCACGAAGGUGAAGUUUCCGGCGUGAUUCGUCCUCUGCCUUGUUCACAGAGCUAACUGAAGGGUACAGUGCUUUAGCACCUGGCCCGGCUGCUGGGUAGUGCCGUGUCCCACUUGCAUUUCACUUGAGUCCUUUACUUAGUGGGAUUAAGCAGAGGUAACCGUAAGGCAGGAGCGCGCCGCUGGAAUCCCAAACUCCAUUUCAGAGCCCUCGAGAACACACUCGCCGGCCUGAACUCCGCCUCCUUUCUGCUCUGCGGCGCUGGCCCGAGGCACUGCAGCUACCAGGGACCCAAGCCCAGGAGGAGACCCGAAGGGCCUCAGCUAAGCAUAAAGAAUCACAGCGUAUUGCUGCGAUAACAGCACUCGCUGAGAGGGGAGCAGGCUGAGCUGUCUCCAGGCAAUGCAGGGAGCAGCGUAGAUUGGCUUCCUGGCCAGACAGCUCCCGGUUCCUUCACCAUUUGAACUCGUGCUGAACAACUCAUUUAUUCAAAUGUUCGCUUAUUUCCCUUCGUGCCUUUGGCUCAAAAGCCACUCUGUAACACUGCAGCAAUCUCUGGAAAAUUCUGCUGGGAAGGGAUGCUCUGCUACUCCAACACGAGCACUCUUUAGGAAAAAAACACCAUCGCUCCUGAGUGCAAACAGUGUGCCAUCGCUCACCCCGCCAGGCUGAAACAACUUGAGUUGAAAGGGCCCCUAAAGACCAUCAAGCCCUAACCCCAUGCCGUGGGCUGGUUACCACCCCCCCAGCUCAGCUGCCCAGGGCCCCAUCCAACCUGGCCUUGAGCGCCUCCAGGGAUGGGGCACCACAGCUUCUCUGGGCAGCUGUGCCAGCGCCUCACCACCACUGAGCAAAGAAUUCCCUUUGAACAUCUCACCUAAAUCUGCAUUGGUAGACUGGCAGUGAGGGUGCAGGUGGUGUCACUACUGCAGCAGGCAUGAGUGAGGAGCUGGGGCAGCUCAGUGUGCUGAGGCCACGGCAUGGUACAGUAACGUGGAGAGAGAAUGGCCACAAAUGUAGAGGCCUCUCUGCUUGUCAUGCACGUUUGGCAUGAAUGAGGACCCAAACCUCCUGCACGGUUCCUUUCUUGAUGAUUGCUGCAAUAUCCUGCAGCACUGGGGAGGCAGUGUUGUGGCAUGUGAUAUUGAAAGUGUUCUCAGUGCUAGUUAUGGCAGUUUGGUUCUGUAUAAUGUACCACUGCAGCACCAGUCAAUCUCUUUUCUCCAGCACACAUCUUAAAUCUAAGCGACCCUGCAGCCAGACCCAAGAGCCAGAAAGCAGAAGAGAAACAGCCUUAGUGUGCAGAGUGAGUUCCUUGCAAGUCAUAUGCAUUUUGCACAAGACCUUACGGUGAAAUCAAGUCCCUUUCUCAUAGGAAGGCAUGCAGGGCCUCCUCUUGCCUGAUGCCUGACUUCCUGCUGCCUGCAGGAGCAGGGCACGCUCUGCUCAACGUGCAGGUGCACUGAGAGAUGGAGCUGGAGGGCACUGCCUGGAGGAUGGGGCCAGUGCUCGCUGCUGGAAGCCAGUACACUGCCAGGGCCAGGAUUGCUCUCUAGUGCUUCCCGUAAGUGCACGGAUGAAGUCAGGAGUCUGCACCGGCCUGCCAGAACUGGACAGGUGCAUGAGAACGUCCCAAAAUGGAAAAAUAAAUCAGUCCACUUAACUCACUGAAUCUACACUAAAAGCUGGUCUGUGACUCAACAUUUAUACAAGCCUGAAAUAUUCAGUGGCAAAUAAGGCAAGAGCAUCUGUCACAUGGUGACCCACUUCACACUCCUCAGAACCUUUCACUGCCAGCCAAACUCAAGGGAUGUCCGUGGACAAAUAGCACGUGCCUGCUUAGAGCCCGUGCCAGCCCACAGGCAACAAUGCUGAACAAGUAACGUGCUGCAGGCACUAUCCAGACCAUGCUGCGACUGAGGGGUGGAGAAACUGCAGAAGACACCCGAGCUUCUUUUCUAUUUGCAAACUUUCCAUGGGUGCAAGCAGUGUUGGGGGGCUCUGCCUGUAACAUCCUGCACUGACAGGGAAACACUGGCUUGGAGUGCUAGCUAAUAUAAAUGCAGGUUUUCUUCUCAGAAAUAAAAUUAGUACGUGAUGCUUUUAAAUUCUGUAGCAACACUGCAUCUUGUUCUUAAGUACAACGAUAGCUGCUGUUGGAAGCCAGACUUUGCAAAUACAGGCAAGAAAUACAGUAGUUGUAUUGCUAGUUGAGGAUGUCAAAAUAGAGAAUUCAAAGUCAUAUCAAAACUGUAUUGGAAGAUGGGAGUAAGCCAGAACAGUAGUGGAGCAUCACGAAUAGAGUAACUGACCCAGAGAGCAACUGCAAAUCUCCCUCUGUGCUGCAGCAGUUGAUUCAUACAUCAGUUGCAUCCACAACUGAUUAAAAAUUGACAUGGCUGAGCAAUUUCACUCCUGGAAGUGUGAGCCCCUCUUAACCUCUUGGCAAUGAAAUCGUUACGUAGAGAAAUAAUGCUUUAGGCCUGUUGCGUAGUCUCAUAGCUCAUUAAGAUAUCUGCGUUUAAAUAUUUGCAGCAAUAUGUAAAAAAGAGUAAUAAUUUGGCAAGCAAUGUAGAAAACAGGGUUUCACUGAGAGCUCCUCUGUCUGAUGUGCUGAGUAAUUUAUUUUUAAGCAAAGACUUCUCUUUUUUGUUGUUUUUAAGUGGGAGGAACAGCGUUCGGGUCAAAGAAGCCCUUGUGAAAGGAACCCUCUUUACUUCAGAAGCCGCUCAAGAUCUUCCCUUUUCAUUCUUUGCCCCCAGUGCUAUGGGAGAGCUGUUCAGUGGACAGGAACCUUUCCUUCUGGACGUGCAUUUGUGUGCAUCCCUGCUUCGCAGCUCUUAGAUACUGCAACCCAAACUGCCGCAGCGACUUGGAGAGCAGUCACGUAUUUGGAAAGUGAACGCUUUUUACCAAGCAGAAAAUAAAUCUGCCUUGGAAACUGGAAAAUUUAACCUGUUUGGUUUCUUCUUCUUCCUCUAGAAAUGCAAGGUGAGGGGGCCUGCAUUUCCAAGAACGGAAGAAAUCCCACGUGCUUCAUGAUUAUUACUACAAGAAAAUGUGAUCAAAAGACAUUCCUUUCCAUAAAAGUUUAAGUAAGAAACACCGCCAGUCACUAGCAGCGUGCCUAUUUGUAGCAGCAUCGGUCUUUAAGGAACACUUGAUAUUUGAACUCCAUUUAUUUUCCUGCAAAGAUAUCUUAUCUCAGCGCAUGGGCAUCUAAAAGCCAUUUACAGCUCCUGAGCAGAGAAAGGGAUAAGUCAUAGUUGUUGUAAAUCGGUAUAAAACGUUAACACAUUCACUUCCACAGGUUGACAAAAGCAAUGCCAUUGUUUUAUUAAAAUAAGUCUCAGUAA